CAUGAUACCCACUACCCAACUGCAUCUUCAGUAAUAACGCAUACUUUGGGACUGUUCGGUGAAAACUUACACAUUGGAAUAGAUUCGGUAUUAGCUGAAUAGCAGGCUAUCAAAAAGCAACUGAUAGUGCAAUGCUUAGACACGGUUGCUUUACUGUGCUUUAUAAUGCAUAACCUUUAAAAUGGAUGCUGAACAGUGUCCCCGGACUGGGGAGCAACACGUGAUUGGGUCCUCUGAGGACCUCGCAAGGGGUCUUUUCUCAAACGUGAAUCAUGCUCUAGCUGGCGUUGUUCGGGACUUGCAGUUGCGCAGCAAACGAGCGGUACAGGCCAAAACUCCUCAGCCCUUCCACGCGGAUGGCAAUGCAGUGUGCGAACCCGGAGCAGGGAGCGUUUGCGCGCUGGUCGCUGAUAAUGACGUGGAGAAGGGCGAUCUGGCAGGGCUCUGGGUUGUGGGCGGGGGCACCACCGUUGGGGGCACCCUCUACCAGGAAGCAGCGGCCAAACCGAAGCCAGGAGUCACAGUUGUGGGUCCUAAUACCGCAACGGAGCAAUUAGCCGAAACGGCUCCCGCGGCUGGGAACUCUGACAAAGACGGAGAAGGGGACGGCGAGGAGCAGCGGCCUAGGGAGCAAUCCUGCCCGGGAAGACUGCACUCUUGCUGCUCCAGCACCCUGGACGCAUGCAAAGAUGCGCUAUGUGUCGUGCGUGUGUACCGCACAACCGUGAUCGUACCCGCCGCUGUCUUCAUGCUUCUGGCGGCGCUGGGUGUGUGGGGCGUCAUAGCCGGUGCACAAUCGACCGUGCAACAACGCAAGGACGAUGUGCGGAGCCGGGCAGUGGACGCAGCAACGGGCUUCCAGAUACAACUUCAGCAAUCAUUUACGCCGGGGUUGACGUUCACGCUGCUUGUGAAACAGCAGCCGGACGUCGGAUUUUGGUUUACAAACUUCGGUUCAACAGCCCAGGAGCUUAUGUCAAGGGUUCCAAACGGCUCGCUAUAUAACUUCAAUCUUCAGCCAUUUGCACAGAACAUGAUGAUCUACCCGAUGCGUCCAGCGGACUAUGCACAAAUUAAUCCUCCACGGGACUUACUGUCCGACCCGACCCGCCGAGCAGACAUCCUGAAAACCAUUCAAACCAAGGAGCCGCUGGUGGUGGGCCCAAUCACCCUCUCCACCGGCUCCAUAGGCGCAUUCGUGCGGUACCCCAUCUACGUUGGGGACGUGGGCGCCAACGAGACGUUUGGCUUCCGCUACCGCGAUAACGCCACCGCCAUCCCCUACUCGGACCUGCCUGCCAGCGUGCGCAGCUGCUCCGUAUGCUACAACGCAGCCACACGCGAGAAAUGGUGGGGCCUCAUGACGGUGCUCAUAGACUACAACAGUGUGGCGCUGGGCACGGACGCAUACCUGUCGGGCCUGAGGACGCUGGGCUUCCAUUACGCCCUUGUCCGGCCGGUCAAUGACACCUACGAGCAAGUCAUUGCGCAGGUCGGAGACAGCUCGCUAAAGCAUGAAGAUGUGGUGAUGGUUGAGGUGAAGGUGCUCAACGGCGUUUGGUACCUACGGGUGGCCCCGGCGAAUGGCUUCAAGGUCGCCUGGCAGGCACCUCUGAUCGCGGCCGUGGUAGCCAUCGCGUUCAUCAUGUCGCUGCUGCUGUUCGUGGCGAUGGCGUUGUUCAAACGCCAGCGUCUGCUGCUGCAAGAGACGGUGGCGGCAAACCGGGACCUAGCAGAGACCACGAGACGUCUGGAGGAGGAAAAGGAGCGCAUGGACGUGCUGCUGGUGCGGCAGUACGACCUGCUGCGGUGCCUGGACGCCAACCGGGGCGAGCGGCCGUCUGAGAUGACGGACACCGUCAGCGUGUCCAAGAAGGCCAUGAUGGCCCGCAUCGAGGACGCCCGCCGCUCGCUCAACGUGGUGAAGACGUCCGUGGAGGACCCCAUCCAGGUGUUCGAGGUGCUGGGGGCGGGAGCGUUUGGGAAAGUGCAGAAGGGUCUCUGGCGGGGAACGGUUGUUGCCGUGAAGACCAUGAUCCUUCCCGCCAACAUGACUGGGCAGCAGAAGCGCGAGAAGAUGGCGGUGAUGGAGGCGGCCAUCAGCAGCAGCCUGGUGCACCCCAACAUUGUGACCACCUACACGUACUUCAUCCGGCCCUACCACGAGCCCACACACGAGGGGGUGCAGCAAAUGGCGGUCAGCAGUCGCACUGCGUGCGGCGGCCAGGACGGCAGCUCUCCCGGUGGCGAGCUGCAGGCGUCGUCCGCUGGGAGCUCAAACACGGAGAGCAUCGUGCAUAGCUUCGAGGUUCGGCUGGUGUUGGAGUUUUGCGACAAGGGGUCGUUGAAGGACGCGUUGGACCAGGACGCGUUCAUGCAAGGGGGGACGUUGAACUACGCGGCAAUGCUUGAGACCGCCGCCGACAUCGCCAAGGCCAUGGUGCACAUGCACGCUGCGAACGUGCUGCACUCGGACCUGAAGGCGCGGAACAUCAUGCUCAAGAGCAGCGGCACGGAGGGGCGCGGCGUGACGGCCAAGGUCGCCGACUUUGGCCUCUCCACGCGCAUGGAGCACCAGGAGACGCACCUGAGCGCGUGCUUCCAGGGCACGCUCACGCACAUGGCGCCGGAGGUGAUGCUGGAGGGGCGCAUCAGCAAGGCAGCGGAUGUGUACUCGUUCGGCAUCCUGCUGUGGGAGUUGUUUUGCGCGGCCGACCCCUUCGCCGGCGUCCCCCGCGCGCACAUGGGCCACGCCAUCACCAAGGAGGCUCGGCGGCCGCGCUUCCCGCCCUUCGCGCCGCGCAGCUACGUGGAUCUGGCCAGCCGCUGCUGGGACCCGGACGCCUCGGCGCGCCCCUCCUUCGAGCAGGUGCUCACGGAGCUGGUGCGCAUCCGGGAGGAGAUGGGAGGAGACACGCCGCCGCUGGUCAUCGCACCGCCGAAGCCCUCGCCGCCGCAAACCGCGGACGCGUUGUCCUGGAUUGCCAAGGCCUCCGCUGCGAGCCACCACGGCAACGGCGGGGUCGUGGUGGGCAGCGGUAGUGUGGGCGCCAGCAGUGCGCCCAUGACAGGGGGAUCAUGCACGGGGUCUGCGAUCGUGAUUGGCGGGUGUGACGGCUCCAGCGGUAGCAGCAGCGGCAUGCCUGGUCUGGGCACCAGUCCGCAGGCACAUGGCUCGUCCUCGCUGGGUCGGAGGCGGCGGAAUAAGGCGCUGUUGGCGCAGCGAUACCUGCGGAAGAACGGAAUCCAUGUUGGCGGCAGCGGCAGCUCACGACUGGCGCAAACCCUGCCGGCGCUUUGUGAGGAGGCGGAGCACAGGGAUGGGUGAGGGUGAGCGCGCGCAGGCCAGCUGCGUCCAGGAAGGCCAUUGCGUUGGCGAGACGAGGGUGGCGGAAGGUGGGCCGUCUCAUCUUCUUCUGCAAAGCAUUGGUGGGGCGGAGUCCAUGCUCGGAACCUGCAAGGGACGGCCUUGUAGACUGCCCGUACCUACCAAUCACAUACUACGUUGCUUAUAUGUGACCUUGCCCGCAUGUGCACACAUCUAGCUGCUGUAUUGCUACCGUGGCAUCUCGCUGCUUGCGUGUUGUCCGUCUGCUUGCAUGGUGCGUGUACUGGCUGACAAUGUAUGUACCGAUGAAACUGCAUACGCUGCGCGUUCGGUGGUGGGUUAGCGGGGUCGCUGUUGCUGUUGGUUGGUUGGUUGGCGGCUUCCGAGCGGUCCAGCAUCGUUACUUGGUAGGGGUGCCGUACCGGUGAGAAAGGGGGCGCGCACUGUUUAGGAAACUUACAAUUGUUGGCAAACGGAAACAUGCUUUAGACGGCGCUCAAGGGUUCAUUUCGUGGCAUCAUGAGAGUCCAGACCCCUGACGGUGUGCUGCUAACAACAAAGCAGGAUAUGCGGGCGCGCAACGCCAACCGGUGCACGCCCAGCAGCCUUAACCUGAGAGCCUGACUCAGCGGCGGCAUAGCCCAAUGAGAGAGCGUGUCAUUCGAGAUAACUAGGAGUGGCCUCGGCUCUAGCAAAAGCCGCAGCAGACCCUCCGGAGCAGGAGGAACAAUGAACAAAGGGCAGCAACGGUGGGGCUGACGUACCGCUGGGCAGUGGAGGUCAGUCGAGACCCCCACACGUGGUUGACCCAUGCCUGCCUUACUUGCCCGUCAAUGAGUUUGUUCCGUUGGAUACACUGGUCCUUUGGUCCCACUGAUUGUGUUGAUAUUUUGUGUCCCUUGAUAUCUCCCGGGGUCAGUGUUUCCGCGGCUCAGUUAUCUAGUCCGGGGGACUCUGGGGCCCGGAAGCCGUACUGUUGCCGCGCAUUUGACGUUUUGAGCCGUCUGGUACCGCCCUCGCUGGGAUUACUGUUCACCGCCGCGUAGUGGGUGGCUUCGCUUGUCGUGAGAGCCACCUAGCAUACCCGCAGCGGUACUGUUGUACUGGGGAUUGCCGUCCGAAAUUGCUGCUUCACUGCUGGGCUGUGGGAGUAUGAAUACCGUAUUCUCCUUUUUAGCUGCAUGGGUUCUCUCCUGUUCAUGCUGCAGAGCUGGUUGCAUGGGGCAUUGGCGGUUGAUUGCGGCAGAACGAUUUGGGUGGUGGCGGUGCUGAUAGUGGUGGCGGGGGUGGGCGGGUAUUUGUGUUGGUGGUGGUGGUGGCUGUUCAUUACAACAAAUGAUGCUAGCUGGGGGAGACGUGCAACUUGUCGAGGACUGUCGCUGCGUGGCUGACCAAACCUUGAUGGAGGGAUGACUGCGGCCCCUUACACCCAGCUACUCGUGGUCUAAUUCCCCAAAGAGCGCGCAUUUUGGAGAGGCCGUCUCUUGGAUGCGACAUGAUCGGCUUUGCGCUCGAUUGCUGUAUCUAGUGGGGUGUGUGGUUGGUUCCAAAUCCAAGGAUUUAAUGGAUCGCAGUAUGAACGUCCUGAUUCCAGGAACGUUUGCAGCAUGUGCAGUGCGCGAGAUGAAGCUUUUGAGCGUUUUACGGGUGAGUGAUUGUGAGCUACAGGGCCACGUUGUAUUAACAAAUCAACUGGCCGCUGUGUGCAUAUGCCGGAGGUUUUUGGGAAUUAGCUUCUCUCGUCUUUGCCUCUUUGGUAUUGGUCUUCUUACGCUAGCAACAUAGGUUGCCGCAGAGACCUUGUCGCACUGCUGCUGUUUUGUUAAUACUUGGCGACGUGCUAGUAAGGGAACGCGCGACCGUGGCGCUCGUAUAAAUAAGCUUUCGUGCGUCUCAGCGUCGGGAAAUUGUAGUUUACAAGGCUGGAAAGCGCGUUUCUCAGUUAUUGAUGGCUUGGUUUGGUUUGGUGUGUUCUUUCCCGACGGCUGUUGUUUGCAUGUUGUACUGCGCGCGGAUGUUGCAUCGUUGCACUUAGUGCUUUCAAGUGACACGCGCCAACUGGCUCGUGCUGUCUGCUGAUGGGGGGAUUUACAGCUAGGGUCUUUUGCUUGUAUGGCUAGGUAGCCACAAAUUUGGGAGCACGUUUGGCACUUGUUUGUACCUGCGCUGGUAUUGCGCUUUAGGCAACUGUCAUUGUGUCCUUACCGUGCACGAAGGUAC